AAAAUGCGCAUAAGUCGUUGGCGUUUCAAAGAACUUGUUACGAGCGGUAGAGUUGCCAACAAACUUGUAUGUUUGAGAGUAUCAUCUUUUAAAUAACGGUGCCUUGAAUUUAAUUAACAAGUAUCAUCUACCUAAGGGCUGCAUAAACUGCAAGUCAAUAACUACUUUGCAGCCCUGUGCAUUGCCGGAAAAACGCGCUAAUUGUUUUCGUUUAUAUUUGUGCACAGUUCUUAAAUAAAAUGAUUAAUGAGAGCCCGCCUGCAUUCGAACUCGGAGAUACGUUGGCGACACGCUGCGGCAACACCUUGACUGGUGUAUUUGUGCCAGGCAGCUCCAAAAUAGCGCUAAGCGCUUACAGGCCCGUCAAAUGGAACAGCCGCGAUGCGCCAAGCGAGACAGUUGGAUCUGAAGACUUUGUACUCGUACACAUGGCCAAAGAAGCGUCACUAUUUGAGGAGCCCCUAUUGCGUAGCUUGUUGGCCGAAACAACAGUGACAUUUACCACACUGCAGACGCUCGCGCAGAGUCAAAAGAGCAGUACCAAGAAAAUAACAGAGUAUACAAAAAUCUCAAGCUCUUAUCGCAGCGUUAUACGUUGUUGUCUUGAGAAACUUGAGCUCGCCAAGAAAUUACCCGAGGUGCAAGAGAAUGAUGCAAAGCAAAAACUCUUUGCCGAAGCUAUAAUGACGUUAUACUCUGUCGAGUGCUUAUGGCAUUUGUUUGAGAUACUUUAUAUGCAACAGCAGCACUAUCAGCUGGUUGUGCCCCAGCUACUAGAAUGGACACGAUUUCAUUAUCCCCAAGCGGAAGAUGAGGCGACCGACUUGCUGCUCAUGGGCGAAGAAGCCAGCGAAUUUGACAAUUACUGGCAGACGCUAAAGAAGCUAAUUAUGUUUGGCCAGCUGGAUGUUACACGUGCCAUUCUUUCGCAGCAACCCCAGGCUAGCCAACCGGCCUUUCAGGCUGCUGAACAGUUGCUGAAGAGCAUGCCCGUUUAUCAAGAGGGCUACGCCUUGCAAAAGUUUACUACACAGUGGGAAUAUUGGCAUUCGGAUCUAGAGCGCAAACUAACUGCACAUGUAUUUGCCACUGAACCCGAACUGGAGCUUAUGAUGCAGUUAGUUGCAGGCAGCAAUAAACAUUGGGAUGCGGAAUUGCUCGACUCGCAUGACUGGUAUGAGUAUCUGCCCGGCUAUCUGCUAUACACCAAGCCCAGUUGUAAGCCAUUUGAGCUGCGCAUAGCGGCCACUAAUUGGCAAAAUCGCUGGUCACGCCAGCAACCUGCAGACUGGAAAAUGAGCCAAUUGAGUCGCAUGGUUCUACAGCUAAUGAAGCAUGAAGUUAAACAGUUUAUCUACGAUACACAAAAGCUAAGCGACAGCCAUUGGUUCUCCACACAUAUUAUUGAUCUAAUCCAUCAUACGGGACUGCUUACGACAUAUUUCGAGCAGCAGGGCGUAGAAAUACCUGAGCUGCGGCAGUCCUUAAUCUAUGACUAUGGCAGCUAUUUGAUGACCUCGCAUAAUCUCUGGCAGCUGGGCAUUGAUUACCUAGAUCAUUGUCAACAGGAAGGUCUGGCAGCAAUUAGUCUGCUGUUGCCACACAUUCCCAUAAAAACUGAAAGACAAGCAUUUAAGAUAAUCCAAUUAGCCAAACAGCGCGGUUUUGUGGAAGUGGAGCAAGAUAUUUGUAAGGUGCUGUCGAAACGCGCCUACAAUGAUGAACGCUAUGGCAGUGCCUUGGAAUGGGCAAUUCGCGCCAAGGAUGUGCUGUUAGUUACAGCCAUUGCGGACUUUAUACUAAAGAACUACUCACAUACAGGCAAUAUGCUUUGCAAGGAUGUUAUAACGAGCAUAGGCGCACGCAUGUUUGUUUCGCCACGUUUGAUAUUUCUUUUAAAAUACUAUGAGUUCUAUGAGCUUUAUGGCCAACGCGAGUUUCUGGCUGCCGCCGAUCUGUUAGUUAAUCUAUUAGACUCGAAGAUUACGCCAGAUUACUUCUGGCCGACGCUGUUAAUAGAUGCCUUGCCGCUGCUAGAGUCAGAGGAUCCCAAAAUAUUUUCCAAGGAAACAGUUGCCAUAUUGCAGCAUUUGGAAAUGGAGCUAGUGCCUCUUAUAGAGCGCAACAAACGAGCCCGCAAACAGCCUAGUAAUCAAACGAACGAGACCGCAUUAAAGGACUAUCGUGUAGAGCAUACUGAGGAGAUUUUAGAUCUAAUGCGACUGGCCUGUGCAAGAAAUCUAGCGCGCGCUAUGAUCAUUGAGAAUACUUCAAAUAUAUCCUGAUUGAUUUAAUUACGCAACAUCCGCUUGUAAUUUUAAUUUAUGCUUAACUUUUGUCCAUGCCACAAUACAAAUGUCAUAGUAACCAUAAUACGCUUGCUAUUUUUAUUGAUUUAUUUAUUGUAUAUAUUGGUUUUUGUGCCUCUUUGUCUGCUACAUAUUUAUCGUAAGUACCAACAACGCUAGCUGCUCUCUGUUUUUGACUAAAGCAUUUGACAAUGCAACACAAGUUUGAACUCAAACAAAUUGCUGGUGGCCUAACUAUAGGAUUAGUUGGUUUACUUUUACAAUUUCUAUAAAGGCCAAAUUAAAACUUAAAGCGAACUUAAAAUAUAAAUGUAAAUUAAUACAUAUAUUGUGUAUAUAGCUGCACACAGUUUACAAUUUUAGCAUUUAAAAACUAACAAACAACGCACAGAGCACAAUGGAGUAGUACUUCAUAUAUAUAUAGGUAUAUACGUGUAUGUAUGUGUAUGGUUAUAGGUAUAAUUACUACAUAGCUUUAUGUAUUUCAUAUCUUUUAGCAUAAUGAGAAUCGCACGGCCUUAAACAAACGCUCGAUACUAAACGACUAAGUUUGGAAUUACAUACAAAACGCACAGCGCAUUUGUGUGGCGUUGCAUUAACGACAAAAAAAA